AUGUUCAUCAUUAUCGCUUUCAACAACUUGCUAUCAAUUUCAUUUUCACAAAUUGUUCUCUAUAUCAAUUUAUAUUUACUUUUUUCAAUUUUUCAUUCCAAAAAAAUUGGCUAUAAGCCUGAUAUGAUUCUUAUCUAUUGGAGAAUUGCAGCGGAUGUUGGUUACAGCUUUACGGUUUCCAUUCAGAAAACCUAUUUUCUACUUCUCUUAUGCUCUAAUAACUUUGCUGUGAAAAAUUUGUCCUUUUAUCUACUCCAGGCUUCUUUAAUAAUGGGAAUUGUGAGAGCUACCAUAGCUCUUUUGCUAACACUGGAAAGAUUCAUAGCCGUAUUUUUCCCGAUUAUUUUUCACAACAAUCGGCGCAAAAUUCCGAUCUUUUUAAUUAUUUGUCCAAUACUCUGUCAUUUUCUAUUCGACCAAUAUAUUCUUUUCGGAUUCUGUGGGAAUGUGGUAGAUGUUCCAUUGGAUUGUGAUAACUUUGUGUGUACUUUUAACGAGUGCUAUCAAAAAUACUGGGAAACACAUGACCCGGUGGUAUUUUCACUUAUUGAGACUGUUUCAGUACUUCUAUUUAUUCGACUAUUUAUCUGGAAAAAUUCAAAGCAGCGAUUUUGCAAGGUCACCCAAAUUGCACUGCUAGACUCCCUAAUACUUUUGCUCUUCAACAUUAUCCCAAUAUUUUUCUACUCCUAUUUUUCGUCAACUUUCGCCAAAGUAAAGUUUCCAUUGCCUACAGUUUCAAGAAAUGCCGGAUCUGUAAUCGAAUCGAUCAUUCUCUGGAGACUAUUAAAACACAAGAAAAAUGUGAAUAUGAAAAAUGAUAAUAUUGGUAAAUUUCAAUCUAGCGUUUCAAUGAAGUGA